AUGCCGCCGAAGUUUGACCCAUCCCAGGUAGUGGACGUGUUCGUCCGGGUCACCGGUGGUGAGGUCGGAGCUGCCAGUUCUCUCGCUCCGAAAAUCGGACCCCUCGGCCUGUCACCUAAGAAAAUCGGUGAGGACAUAGCUAAGGAAACUGCAAAGGACUGGAAGGGCCUUCGCGUCACCGUUAAGCUCACCGUCCAGAACCGUCAGGCCAAGGUCACAGUUGUCCCCUCCGCCGCUGCCCUCGUUAUAAAGGCCCUGAAAGAGCCCGAGCGUGACCGCAAGAAAACGAAGAACAUCAAGCACAACGGGAACAUUUCACUUGACGAUGUUAUUGAGAUUGCUAAGAUUAUGAGCCCGAGGUCUAUGGCCAAAGAUUUGUCGGGUACAGUGAAGGAGAUUCUCGGCACGUGUGUCUCCGUUGGGUGUACGGUUGAUGGGAAGGACCCGAAGGAUUUGCAGCAAGAGAUUACUGAUGGUGAUGUGGAGAUUCCCCUGGAUUGA